AUGAAUCGAAGGAGAACUAACUGUAGAGGGGCCUCUCCUACCUCGAAGAUAAGUCAUCAGCCUCCGAGGCUUCUCAUUGUGCAUAUCGCUGAGCCUUCCUGGGCCGACAUCUGCCCCAACCUCUGUGAGGCCUUACAGAACUUUUUCUCCAUAGCCUGCAGCUUGAUGGGCCCCAGCCGAAUGUCUCUGUUCAGCUUAUACACAGUACAAAGCCAACAUGAGUGUAUCCUCCCAUUUGUGCAAGUGAGAGGGAAUUUUGUGAGGCUGCAGGCCUGCAUCUCAGAGCUGCGCAUGUUACAAGUAGAAGGUUGUUACAGACCACAUCGUACCUUACUGCCGCUGGCUGUAGAGGAUGGGCUCCAACAGUUCAAGCAGUUCAGCAGAUACAUGACCACAGGUGCUGCUCAGCCCUGCAAUUCCCUGGAGAUUACUGUCCUGACUUCUCAGCCUGGGAAAGAAGUGAUCAGACAGCUGGAAGAAGGGCUGAAAGAUAUAAACCUACUCAGUGUCAGAAGGCUGCAGGUGGUCGAGGUCACAAAAGACCCCCAGGAACAGACAGACUCACCAACUCCCACCGCAGAAUCCAACAAUGACGAGAGUGCCACCCUGGAAACUGACCUUGUCCUUCAGAUCCUUGACAAUGAUGUUGUGACCAUGGAGGUCUUCUUCAAAGCCUGGCUGCACAACAGCGAGACGGACCGAGAACACAUCCAUCUUCUUCUUGCUUCACAGAGCCUUCCACCUUCUUCCAGAACCGGGGAUAAUCCAACGGUAUGUCUGAAAUGUGACCUCCAAGAGCGGUUUCUCAGCCCAUCCCUGCUUCCUGGCACAGCCGACGGUACUCUGAGGAUAGAUGACCCCAAAGGAGACCUCAGCACACUCUACCAGAUGGCUUCCCUGUCAUCAGAGUCUCCGUACAAGCUGCAAGUGAUCAAGGCUCUGAAAUCCAGUGGGAUCUGUGAGUCCCUGACCUACGGACUCCCCUUCAUCCUCAGACCCACGAGCUGCUGGAAGCUGGACUGGGAUGAGCUGGAGACAAAUCAACAACACUUCCACGCUCUGUGUCACUGCUUGCUGAGAAGAGACUGGCUGCUGUUGGCCAGAGGGGAACCCCAGGUCCCCAGACACCACCAGAAUGUCGCCGCCAGCAGCUUCUAUGUGAUCACGCCAUCUCAGUCUCUCACACUGCUGGUGAAGUUGGUGGCCACGAGGGAACUCAUGCUCCCGGGGUUCUUCCCCCUACUAUCUGAGGGCCCGCCUGAAGACAGCCUGAAGAUCAUGGAGAGCGCACUAGACAGCCUGGAGCUGGGGCCCACCUACAACCCCCUGCACGUUGGGAGCCACCUCUACUCACAUCUGAGUAGCACCCAUGCCAAGCCUCAGGGACGCCUGUACAGCAGCUGGGAGAGCCGGGGCCUUAGAAAGGCUGGACAGUCUCAGAGCAACCGAGUGCGAGCCACCAUGGUACCCCUGCCAAUGGCCCCAGCCUCCGGUACGGCUCCCAAGAUGUCAGCAGCCAGCAAAGCUCCCUCGGGAACCUUCCUGCCCUCUGAUUCAGAGGAAGAGUAUCCUUCGCAGACCUGAGUUCCCAGCGCCAGGACACAACCACACCACACAGACUGAGAGAUCUGCAUGCAUGAGCUCAGG